CGCAAGGUCUGCCGGGACGGCGCCCAUCUUUUUUGGGAGCUUGAGGCCGGCCGGCGGCGCUGGAAAUUCCGGGCGUCGCUGGUGGUGGACCUUUGUUGUGGCCCUGUGGGAACAGGACCUUAAAGAUAGCCAGGAUGGCUGAAAAUGGUGAUAAUGAAAAAAUGGCUGCUCUGGAGGCCAAAAUCUGUCAUCAAAUUGAGUAUUAUUUUGGAGAUUUCAAUUUGCCACGGGACAAAUUUUUAAAGGAACAGAUCAAAUUGGAUGAAGGCUGGGUACCUUUGGAGAUCAUGAUAAAAUUCAACAGGUUAAACCGUCUCACAACAGACUUUAAUGUAAUUGUGGAAGCACUGAGCAAAUCCAAGGCAGAACUCAUGGAAAUCAGUGAAGAUAAAACUAAAAUCAGAAGGUCUCCAACCAAACCCCUCCCUGAAGUGACUGAUGAAUAUAAAAAUAAUGUAAAAAACAGAUCUGUUUAUAUUAAAGGCUUCCCAACUGAUGCAACCCUUGAUGACAUAAAAGAAUGGUUAGAAGAUAAAGGUCAAGUACUAAAUAUUCAGAUGAGAAGAACAUUGCACAAAGCAUUUAAGGGAUCAAUAUUUGCUGUGUUUGAUAGCAUUGAAUCUGCUAAGAAGUUUGUAGAGACCCCUGACCAAAAGUACAAAGACACAGACUUGCUAAUACUUUUCAAGGAUGAUUACUUUGCAAAAAAAAAUGAAGAAAGAAAACAAAAUAAAGCAGAAGCUAAGUUAAGAGCUAAACAAGAGCCAGAAGAUAAACAAAAGUUAGAGGAUGCUGCUGAAUUAAAAUCUCUAGAAGAAAAGAUUGGGUGCUUGCUGAAAUUUUCAGGUGAUUUAGAUGAUCAGACUUGUAGAGAAGAUUUGCACGUCCUUUUCUCAAGUCACGGUGAAAUAAAAUGGAUAUACUUUGUCAGAGGCGCAAAAGAGGGGAUAAUUCUGUUUAAGGAAAAAGCCAUGGAAGCAUUGGAUAAAGCCAAAGAUGCAAAUAAUGGCAACCUACAAUUAAGGAACAAAGAAGUGACAUGGGAAGUAUUAGAAGGAGAAGUGGAAAAAGCAGCAUUGAAAAAAAUCAUAGAAGACCAACAAGAAUCUCUAAAUAAAUGGAAGUCAAAAGGUCGCAGAUUUAAGGGAAAAAAUAAGGGUAAUAAAGCUACCCAGCCUGGGUCUGCUAAAGGAAAAGUGCAGUUUCAGGGCAAGAAAACUAAAUUUGAUAGUGAUGAUGAACAUGAUGAAAAUGGUGCAACUGGACCCGUGAAAAGAGCAAGAGAAGAAACAGACAAGGAAGAACUCCCAGCAAAACAACAGAAAACAGAAAAUGGUGCUGGAGACCAGUAGUUUAAUACACAAUUUUUUAAUUUGUUUUAAUUAGGUUUUAAAAUGCCUUUGCUUUUGGAAGAUUUUAAAAUGAAAAUCGAAUUAGGUCCACUUCAAUGUCCACCUGUAAGAAAAGAAAAGUUUUUUGUUGUUAUCCAAAUGAAGAUUUUUUUUUUUUUUGGAAUGUAUAGUUUGUGUUAUUUCAGAUGACUCAAAAGGAAGAUUCUUCCAUUACAUUAAUUGCCUUUGUAAUAUGAGGAUGUACUACCACAAGCAAAUAAAUAUAUCCUAUAUAAAAAGAGCAAAA